AGAUAAAAUUUGUGGUAGAAUUUAUUUUCAAAAAGUAUACUAUGUAUAUUGUUGUUUAUAUUGCAACGAACCUUAGCUCUUUUGGUAAAUAUUGAAAUAUGAAAGUAGAGUAAAGUCAGAAUAAUUCCACACGAGUGACUCAUGCUUUGCUCAAAUACAGACACAGACAUACGAUAAUUGUUUGUGUGACCCAUGGAUAAUGAUCUACCGUGUGAUACAAAUAUAAUUAUUGUUUGUGUGUGUGGUAUAAAAAGCAUGAGAGCCGAUGAAGCCCAACAUUUACGGCAAGCGCUCCUUCCGCCACAGCUCCAGUGUCGGCCGCCACCCCGCCGCCACCGAAUGGCCAAUGUCUAAUGUUACCAGUGAUCUAACAGUAGAAGUGGGAGGUGCAUCUUUUGCGCUUCAUAAGUUUCCACUGGUUUCACGGAGUGGAAGGAUGAGGAAAAUGCUAGCAGAUGCGGGCAAGGAACCGAAGAUUUCGAGGAUGAACCUAUCCGACAUCCCGGGCGGGUGCGAGGCCUUCGAGCUGGCGGCGAAGUUCUGCUACGGAGUGCCCGUUGACGUUUCCCUGUCAAACGUCGCCGUUCUAAACUCCGUAGCCGUCUUUCUGGAAAUGACAGAGGACGUCAGCGAGGGGAACCUCGAAUCCAGAACCGAAACCUUCCUCAACGACGCCGUCUUCCCCGACAUCCCCAACUCCAUCUCCGUCCUCAACCGCUGCGAACCUCUCCUCCCGUUCCCCGACGCCGGAACCGGCCUCGUCGGCCGCCUCGUCACCUCCGUCGCGAACAACGUCUGCAAGGAGCUGCUGACGUUACCAUUCCCGCCGCCGAAUCCAAACGCCGUCGACGAGGAAACCCUGUCGGAUUCCUGGGGGAAUGCUCUGGCGGUGUUGGCCGUUGAUUUCUUCGAGAGGGUUGUCUUUGCCCUGAGAGGGAAGGGUCUCAAGCAAGAGAUCAUAACAAAACUACUGAUAAACUAUGCCCGCAACUCUCUCCCCCGAGUCAACGACCCCCGACCCGGUCAUACCGCCGAUACGGAGGCGGAGAAGAAACAGAGGAUGAUUGUUGAGGCCAUAACAAACCUCUUACCAAAGACGUCAUCAAGGAAAGGGACGGCGACGGUCCCGGUGGCGUUCCUCUCGUCUCUGUUCAAAACCGCCAUGGCCGUUUCCGCCUCGGCUUCUUGCCGGUCUGAUCUGGAGAGACGCAUCGGCCUGCAACUCGACGAAGCCAUCCUCGAAGACAUCCUCGUACCUUCUUCCCCUUCUCCCAACAGCAACAACGAUGGGCCUCUUUUUGACACGGACUGCGUGGCUAGGAUUUUCUCGUUUUUCUUGAAUUUAAACCAGGACGAGGACGAGAACUACGAGGAUGAUCUCGUGGGAGACGUAGGGGAAAUGGGUUACGACAUGGACAGCCCGGGGUCACCCAAACAGAGCACGAUCAUUAAGGCGUCCAAACUAAUGGACGUUUAUCUAGCAGAAGUUGCGCUCGAUCCAAACAUGUCCCACUCGAAGUUCAUAGCCCUCGCAGAGCUUCUUCCCGACCACGCCCGUCCCGCUUCCGACGGACUGUACCGAGCCGUCGACAUUUUCCUCAAGGUUCAUCCUAACAUGUCUGAUUCAGAGAAGCACAGACUCUGCAAGACAAUCGACUGUCAGAAGAUGACGCAGGAAGCGUGCAGCCACGCCGCCCAGAACGACCGCCUGCCCGUGCAGAUGGCCGUCCAGGUCCUCUACUUCGAGCAGAUCAGGCUGAGGAACGCCAUGGCUGGUGGCGGCGGUUACACCCACCACCACCACCACCACAGCUACCAGCACCAGGCGUUCCUCGGCCCGAUGCGGUCGGGUAGCGCGGCGGGGAGCGCGUGCAUGUCCCCGAGGGACAACUACGCGUCGGUGAGGCGGGAGAACAGGGAGCUGAAGCUGGAGGUGGCGAGGAUGAGGAUGAGACUGACGGACUUGGAGAAGGACCACGUUUCCAUGAAGGAGGAGCUCGUGAGGCCGCACCGGGCGGCGGCUAACAACUUCCUCAAAUCGUUCACCAGGAAGCUCUGCAAAAUCAACAGCCUUUUCAGGGGAAAGGGCGGUGGUUCUUCCGAAGGCCGGUGCCGGUUUCAGAAGCGGAGGCGGCACUCGGUGUCUUAGCUAGCUUGUUUGAUAUAUGGUCAAAUGGAUAUAUGCUUUUGUUUGUUUACAUUUGUGGCCGCAACAACGCAGAAUUUGAAGCCAAAGUUGUUUGUGUACAUAUAGCUUAGCUUCUCCUUUUUUGUAUUAGGGAUGAGAUUAGUCUCAUGAAUUUUGAUGAUAAUCAUAUGAUAUUCCUCUUUUGUUUGUUUUCAUUAAUGAAAAAAUGCAAGUUUACGUG